AUGAAUUUAGCUUCAACUUACAGUACUAUCAGUCAUGUCUAUCAUGACAUGGAAAAUUAUGAACAAGCACUUUCUUACUGUGAGAAAGCCCUUGAUAUCUAUCAACGUUGUCUUCGUCACAAUCAUCCUAGUUUAGCUACUGUUCACACAAAUAUGGCCAACAAUUUACAUGAAUUGAAACGUUUCAACGAAGCUAUCAUCCAUGCUAAGAAAAAUGAUCUAUUAAAUUUGAAAUGUUUUUCAUUAACAUGUUAUAAUCUAACUAAUGCAUAUGAUAAUCAAGUUAUAUCUUUAUUUCGUCGUAUGAAAAAUUUAGAAAAAUUAACUUUAUAUAUUCGUCUUAAAGAUCGAUCUUCAUUUGUUGAUGGUACUCAUUUACAUAAGGAAAGUCUUAUGCAUAUGUCACAACUUCAUACAUUUACUUUUUAUAUUAGUACUAUGAUUGAAAUUAAUGAUUCAAUUCAUCGUGUAUCUGAGAAUUAUAUACAAAAAACGUUUGAAAAUAUAGGUUAUUAUCAAACAUCUUGUACUGUAAACUAUUAUCGUCGAUUCAAAGCAAUAUGUCAUGUUUUUUCACUUCCAUUCAAAUUUGAUCGUCUUGAAAUGAUCACCGAUAGAUUUCCAACUAUAAUAUUCCAUCAUGUUACUUAUUUGCUGGUAUUUGAUACGGUUCAAUUCAAACAUCAUUUCUUCAUUCGAAUUGCUAAAGCUUUUCCAUUAUUGAAACAUUUAACUAUUUCCAAUAGAACGUUGUUAUUCAUAGAUUUAAACAAAUAUGAAGCUGAUUAUAUUCAAUCAUAUGCAAUUAUUCAAUUUUCUCAUCUUAUUUCACUUAACUUGAUGGUUGUGAAUAAAUACUAUGUUGAACAUUUUUUACUUAAUAGAAAGACUCAUGUACCUCGUUUGAUUCAAUUAGAACUAUUUUAUUCUCAUUUAAAAAAUGUCACAAAAAAUUUUACAAGAGAUUCAACACGACACAACUGUGCUAAUAUAAAACGAUUAAACUUUUAUGAUGCAUGUCAUUAUCCAACAAAAUUUAGUCACUAUUUUCCUGUUUUGGAUACUGUAUCUUGUUCUAAUCUUAUUUGA